AUGCAUUUGCUUAAUGGAAUAAUGUUUAAUUAUAGAAUCAAUUGGUCCUUUUUGCUAACUUUGCUCAGCUGUUCUCUGGUAACUAUAUUCAUAUAUAGAUAUGUGACUGGAGAGGUUUUAGUUCCUUAUAAAUUACGAAUAUUUUUUAGUAAAAAUAGUAAUCGUGUCAGAAGUGCUAAUAGUAGAAUUUCUACGAAUAGAAGUAACAAUGCUAGUAAUUAUCAUCUUAUCAGUCCUUCACUUCAUCCCAACAAAUGGACAAAACUAAUGUUUCUUUCCAAAAUGACCUUGGCUCCAAACACAUCAUUGUAUAAAUUCAAACUGAAACAUAGAAAUGAAAAACUAAAUAUUCCGACAAGUCAUUAUGUUGCAGUUAGAGUCAUAUUAAAUGGUAAAGAGGAGAUUAGAAACUAUACCCCAAUACAUACAAAUGAAAAUGUUGGUUGUUUGGACCUCAUAGUUAAAACAUAUACACUUGGUAAUGUCUCCAAAUAUUUCACCACUUUGAAACCUGGAGAUUAUUUGGAGUUUAAGGGACCUAUGGGUGAGUUUGUAUAUGAAGAUGUUCAAACUACACAACUAGGAUUAAUUGCAGGUGGAUCAGGUAUCACACCUAUUUUGGAAGUAUUGAAUGAAUACAUGUCUAAUCCUGACAAACUGGAGAAAGUUUGUUUAAUUUAUGCUAAUGAGACUGUUCACGAUAUUUUAUUAAAAGAAGAAUUAGAUUCAAUGAUGUCAAAAUAUCCCCAAUUCCAUGUGUACUAUGUAUUACAUUAUCCACCUUCAAAACAUGAUAUGACUUUAUGUGAUGAAGAAACCUGGUCUGGUGGUAUUGGUUAUAUUACCAAAAGAGAUAUGGAGCAAUAUUUACCUGAGUAUGCUGACGAUCAUCGUUUAUUGAUCUGUGGGCCUCCAGAAAUGACAAAUAUGGUGUUAAAUUAUGCAAGAAGUCUUGGUUGGAAUAGUGGCUUUCAAAAAUCUAAAGGUGAUCAAAAAGUGUUUGUAUUUUAA